AUGGCCCUCAAGAGAAUUAACAAGGAACUCAGCGAUCUCGGAAGAGAUCCACCCUCAUCAUGCAGUGCCGGUCCUAUUGGCGAGGAUUUGUUUCAUUGGCAAGCAACCAUUAUGGGUCCUGCAGAUAGUCCUUACUCCUCUGGGGUAUUCUUUUUAUCCAUCGCUUUCCCCACCGACUACCCUUUCAAGCCUCCCAAGGUCAACUUCACUACCCGUAUCUACCACCCAAAUAUCAACGCCAACGGCAGUAUCUGCUUGGAUAUCUUGAGAGACCAAUGGUCGCCAGCUCUGACUAUCUCUAAGGUUCUGCUUUCCAUCUGUUCAAUGCUUACAGAUCCGAACCCCGACGAUCCCCUCGUCCCCGAGAUUGCACACGUCUACAAGACCGAUCGUGCCAGGUAUGAGGCUACGGCCAGAGAGUGGACCAGGAAGUAUGCCAUUUAGUGAUGGGUGUGGUAUGGAUUGUGGCGGACUCGGUGGGCGGGCAUUCUUUAGUCUGUUUUUUUUUUCCAUUAGGGAUGGUGCAAAUUAAACAACUUUUUCUGAU